CGUUGUCGCCGUCGUCCGCGGUGUGUGCGCAUAGCUUUGUGCGAUCCGUCUAUUGGGCAGGACCCCCGACAACCCGUUGUAGCCCUAUAGUGUGCACGCGUAAUGAAACCACGGAAUCGGUAGCUUCCCAACGGACACAGAAUAAUAAUCAUCUUGGGACAGCAUGGCGAUGAUGUUCACCAGGGAGAGAGCCGGACGCAAUAGGGCAUACUGAACGCAAAGCGAUACAACGAUACAACGAUACUAGACCGAGGCCGAGAGGCUGCACACACACAAACACAACCGGUGAUCUGCGAGAUUACGAGUAUCCUGUAGUGCCGUCAACUAGAACGCCACCCCCUCCCCCCCUGUCUCCUGUUCCAGCGCAAAACCAGGCGUGUAAUUUGCGUGCCAAGCUUCAACUGCCAGUAGCGGAGUCAACAUGGGGAAACGGCAACGUAGCGACUACAAGGACGAGGGCGCAUCAUCGACCGAAUCGAACGAUGACUCGUUGAGCCCAUCGAAGAUGCUCGGUGGGGAAGUGUGCUCGCACAUUCAAAAAGGCAUCGAUCUACCGACGAUACGCAAGCAAAUAAAAACGCAAGGCUAUCGCAGCACCUGCAAAAUGUGCGAACAAAACCCUUCCACCAAAGGCAGCGAGUCAACCAACGUCAGCGCAACCAACGACGGGCCGGACUCGCCGGACAAUACGCUCUGGCUGUGCCUGAAGUGUGGCUCGCAACUGUGUGGCCGCAACCGGAACCAGCAUGCCCUGCUGCACUACCAGACCCCGCGCAGUGACAUGCACGCACUGGUGAUGAAUACGACCACGUUCGCCGUUUGGUGCUACUUCUGCAACCUACCGAUCGAACCGUACGCAAAGCCGAAGCUGCUGGAUAUUGUCGAGUUUGCCAAACGGGAAUCGCUGAAGGUGAGGACAGCGUCGCCGAUGGACAAGGCAACGAACGAGGCUACGAAUGAGCAGCUUCAAAUCACCACGGAAUCCGUGCGCAAGAUGAUGAUCGAUGCGAUACAUACUACGGUCCCGAUUGCCGAAAGCUGCAACGUCAACGAUGCAAAGCGGGUAGAUAAAAAGGGACCGGCGGGCUCGGAGGUAGGCAAAUCCCAGCUACAGAUAGUGCCGUACACGAACGACCAGCAUACAGCGAACAACACGGCUACGGCCACCACAGCCAACGGGCGGCCGGUUGGUGGGGUGGUGCAGCAAAAGAGCGCCCUGGAGGGCUUGCCCCGUGUCCGCGGCCUUGCCAAUUUGCGCAACACCUGCUUCUUCAAUGCAGUGCUGCAGUGUUUGGCGCGCACGCCCUACCUGCUACCGAUCCUGCAGCAGUCGGCCGUCGAGGGUGAGCGAGUGGUGAUACCGGGCGGUGUGCUACGGUUGACCGAUGGCACCGACACCGUACUGCCACCGAUCGAGGGCGAACUGGAUACGUGGCGCAGUCUGACCGAUGCGCUCGCCAGCUUGCUGACCGAGAUGACGUCCGGGGCGGAUGGUGUGCUGACGCCGAAACGCCUGCUACACGAGCUCACCAGCAAGUGGCCCCAGUUUGACGGCGGUGAUCAGCACGACUCGCACGAGCUGCUGCGCCAUCUGCUCGAGAGCGUCCGCACGGAUGAUCUGCGGCGUUAUCAGGUGUUAAUACUGCAGUCGCUCGGGCUGGACAAGCGCAAAAGCCAACAGAACGUCGACGAGACGCGCAAGGCGAUGGUAAAGUUCUACGGUGAGCAGAUAUCCCAGUGGGUGUUCCGGCCGGAGCAAGUGUUUCGUGGUUCGCUCGUGUCCACCCUCACCUGCCAGGAUUGCCACAAUACGUCGUCGCGCCACGAAUACUUUCUCGACAUUUCGCUGCCAGUGUGCGUGGAAAAACCGCAACCACCGGUACGGCGCAAGAGCAGUCCCGAGCCGCAAUCGCAGUCGCACCCGGAACAGUCCCAGUCGGCACCGGCGACUGGCGUGUCGUCGUCGGGUGCCACCAAGUUGAGCAGCAAACGCGAGCGGGAGCGAGAGAAGAAAGCGAAACGGAUGGCGAAACACCAGAAGAACCGGAUCAACCUGUCGUCCGUGGGGGCGUCACCCAUGUACUCCAGCCUAUCGGUGGCCAAGCAGGCCAACAGCCAAGCAGCCAGUGGAAAAGCGAACGAUGAUGAGGACGAGGAGGAUGAUGACGAUGGUGGCGGCAUGGGACGGAUCGUGCCUUUGACGGACGUGGCGGAACCCGCACCGUACACCGGUGCAACGGUAGCCGGGGAAGACGGUUGUCUGUCGUCCGACGGGUCGAACGAGCCUUCUGAUGCCGACGUGGAGGAUAACGACGUAACCGAUGAUCCACUGUCGAAGGGGGGAGCGACCCGACCGGCGAGUGUCGACCAGAACGGCAACCAUACGGUGGGCCGUGUGAUGGGGCCGGAGAAGCUCGAUGAUACGCCGGAAAACAGCAACAAAGAGCCGGAAACGAACGUAAUCUGUGCGAUCAGCAUGAGUGCAGAGCGUUCGGCGCAAAUUGCGAAACAACUGCACUGUCUCAAGGAAGCUGGUGGCCGGCCGGGCACCGAACACCCGUACGGCAGCGAGGCAGCAGAUUUGCUGGCUAAGCGGAAGGCGGCGGCUGGAGUGGUGGCAGGUCAGCGGCAGCGCCAGCGUACCAACAGCUACGCGGACUGGAGUAACACGAUCGCACCGCGGUACCAGUGCGAGGACGGCGAGUAUUCGGUGCAGUCGUGCUUCAACAACUUCACCGCAGUGGAGCUGAUGACGGGCAACAAUAAGGUGACGUGCGAUGCGUGCACCGAGCGUAUCAACGGCAAGGGUGGCAAGGAUGUGAAGACGAACGCGACAAAGCAGUAUCUGAUCUCGGUACCACCGGCCGUCCUGAUACUGCACCUGAAGCGCUUCCAGGCCGGGCUGCGCGGCAUGUCACGCAAGCUUACCAAACCGGUCGCCUUCCCGUUCGUGCUCGACAUCGCACCGUUCUGCGGAUCGAAGGUGAAGCGGGCGGCCCACAUACGUCCCGGGCAGAAGAAGAUCCUGUACGCACUGUACGGCAUCGUGGAGCAUUCGGGGUCGAUGCACGGUGGACAUUACGUGGCCUACGUGAAGGUGCGCCCCCCGUUCGGCUCGGACGAUGAACGGUGGAAGUUCAUACCGCAGGGCACGAAGGACGAGCUGGAUCGCCGAUCCGAGCAGGAGAUGGCGAAGGAGCAGGCGUUGCGGAUGGGAGUGUCCGGGCCGAUCGCCGGUUGCUGCCCUCCCGCACCGGACAGCGACGAUUCGGCGAGCUGCUGUUCCAACCUCGACGAUGAUGACGAUGCCUCUUCGUCCGAUCCAGAGAACCAGCCGGCAACGCAGCCGAACCGGCAGAGUGGAAAGGAGAAGGAGCAGGAAGAGGAAGAGGAAGGUGCGGUCGGCUAUCGAACGAAAAUGACGGCCACAGAUGUACACGCCGACAUUGCACCGCCACCGCCCGGCAAGUGGUAUCAUGUAUCCGAUAGCUUCGUGCGUGAAGUGAGCGAAGAUACGGUGGCAAAGGUACAGGCCUACCUGCUGUUCUAUGAGCGUAUAUUUUAAAGGUAAAUGUUUGAAUUUACCCGCGGCAACAGUUAGCAUUUGGUAGUAGUAGUCACUUGCUUGUCGUCGGACCGUACGAACAAGAAGAAUCGAAACGACUCCAGUAACCUGCAAUAGUGUGCUGUGCGCUUAUGCACCAGAUUGGUAUCGCAGCUCGAUUGGUCAUUUACACUCCGGACGGAUUGCAAUACACUCCUAGGGCGGGGGUGAAAUACUCCAUCCGGAAGUCAAUCUUUUUGCUCAGGUGCCACCAUAAUCGGUACGCGUCCAUUGUGCUAAUGUGCGGCGAAUAACAGUACGGGAUUUUGCAUCUCGUUGGCCUCAUUACGAUGGCUGCAGAAAACAAUGCCUCAACUCGGUCACCGGUAAUAGUGUAGAGAGGCCCCGGCCGGCGGUAUUUAAACGGUAAUCAGUGGAACGAUUCAGAGUGAGACGUGGCGUGCGCGCAAGGUGAGAGACCCACGCCGGAAGGCGCAACCAGGAAACGUGCAAUGUGUGAUCAUGUACAUACGAUACUAUUAAUCUACUUAAUUCAGCUUCUCCGAUACCGAUACCGUAACACAACAUGCCCAACUCAGCAUCAGCAUGGUUCAACAUCGUAAGCAGGUGCACGUUAUGUGCCGAGCCGCCCGCUGCACUAGCGUGAACAGUGGCCAGACAUACUAAUUGAAGCAUGUAAUCGGCAGGGAAACAGCACACGCUACAAACACUAUUUGAUUAAUUUUUUUUCGAUGGCUGGAAAAGAUCUAGAAUGCAAAGCAGGGAGCGCGCGAGAGAGAGAGAGAGAGGCUGAAUGCUCGGGUUUGGGGCGAAAGGAAACGUGCAUGUUACUAUGUGUUUAUUUUCUAUGCUAAAUUUACAAGAGGUCCAGUCGAAACUACCUCCUCUUAUGCUUACCAUUUGGUUGAAAGGUGAUUUGCUGCCUCGAACUGCAUUUCUUCUUUUUUCGUUUGUUUGGUAUUUAACUUUACGUCCUCUCUGUACGACUGGUGCGUUGUAGGGUACGAAUGUUUCUGAUUGUGGGAUGCCUUACUCCUUAGCAUUUAAGUUCGAAUCUAAAUACAUCGUGCGUGCGCUCUCUGCAUGAUUAUGGCUAACGAACGCAGCAUCCUUCGUCGAACUAGUGUAUAUCCUGUGAGCAAAUAAAUAGCCCAAAAGUUGAACACUGUC